AUGGAUACAAUGAAAUUCAUGGUUAAAAGUUUAUUGGGUUUAUUUAUUUUACUUGUUUUGGUUAAUGCAGAUGUUGGAAAGUCAAAUAUCAAUUUAAAUGAGCAAUGUCAGGCUCUUAAAUGUAAUCCAUCGACAGAAAUCUGUCGUAUUGAUCCAAAUUGUGAUGAUAGUAAUCAAGAUGAUGUACCAAAAUGUGUUUAUUGUGUUUCAAAAAAUGAUUUAAAUCAAAAUACGGUUUCUAAAACUUUACUUGCUUCAUCAAUCAUACAACAUCAACAACAACAACCAUUAGCACCUCGUUUAUUAGCAAAAUCAGGUGGUUCAAGAUUACUAGCUGAUAAUCGUGGUGGACCAUCGUCAUCUUCCACUACAAGUGCAACAUCAAUCUUAAAUAAUAAGAAUAAAACAUCUGAUGAAUUAUCUUAUGAUGAUUAUUAUGAAUAUGAUGAAGAUGAAAAAUCUGAUAAAAAUGAAUUUGGUGAAGAAGAUGAAUAUCUUGAUGAUUAUGCCGAACCAUUAGAUUCUGUUGUUCAAGGAAUUGAACCUAUUCGUAAAAUGGGUAUUUGUCCGAAAGUUGUUGAAGCUAUUGGUGAUUGUGAUCCAUCGAAUAUUAUUCAAUCUGAUUGUCGUUUUGAUACUGAUUGUCCGGGUGAUCAUAAAUGCUGUGAAGCAGCAUGUGGAAAACGUACUUGUAAUCUACCUAUUACAACAAGUAUUUCUGUUUGUCCAUCAUCAUUUACGUGUACACUUAAUUGUCAACUGGGAUAUCGAACUGAUUCUAAUGGAUGUCUUUUAUGUGAAUGUCAAUCAUGUCCAUCAAUGGACCAAUGCAAUAAAAAUUGUCCAUCGGGAUAUUUAAAAGAUUUAUUUGGUUGUGAUAUGUGUGAAUGUAGUGAUCAAUGUCCACCAUUUUCUUGUGGUAUUCUUUGUCCAGUUGAUGUUGGUUUUGAAAAAUCUGCUGAUGGUUGUCCAUUAUGUCAAUGUGCAACCACAAAAUCAAAACCGACAGAAUAUACAUCGUCUUGUCAAAGUGAUGUUCAUUGUCCGCCGGGUUUUCGAUGUCUUAAUGAUGCGCAUAAUGUGCCUAUGUGUCAAGCAGUUUCUGAACCUAUUGCAUCACCAUCACCAACAGAAGAAUGUCCGAAUGAUUUAUCUAAAACUUGUAAUCUUCAAUGUUCAAAUGGAAAUUAUUUACUUGAUGCAAAAGGAUGCCCAACAUGUGCAUGUGCUUCGGAUACAUCUAAAGACCGUAUUGGUCAACCACCAUAUGAAUGUCCAAAGUAUAAAUGUGCAGCUGAUUGUGGAGAUGCUGGUUAUGUAUAUGAUGAAAAUGGUUGUCGAACAUGUGAAUGUGCAUCAAAACAAGCAAGAGACGCUAUAACAAAACCAAAAGUUGAAUGUUCACGUGUAAUGUGUCGUAUGUACUGCGUUCAUGGUUUUAGUCGUGAUGAAAAUGGAUGUGAAAUCUGUAAAUGUAAUAAAUCUCCACAGCCAUGUCCUCAAUACAAAUGUGAAAACAAAUGUUUAAAUGGCUAUCGAAAAGAUUAUAGUGGUUGUCAAACAUGUCAAUGUGAAUGUCCAUCAUUAACUUGUACAAAAAGUUGUACAAAAGGGUUUAAAAAAGAUGAAAAUGGUUGUUUAAUAUGUUCAUGUGUAGAUGAUGAAACAAAACCAACAAUUGAUGAUGGUUGUUCACCAAUGAAAUGUAAUUUAGAUUGUAAAUAUGGUUUUGAACGUGAUCGAUCUGGUUGUCAAUUAUGCUCAUGUAAUCGUUGUCCAUUAUAUACAUGUCGAAUGUUCUGUAUGUAUGGUUUCAAAAAAAAUAGUGAUGGUUGUGAUGUAUGUGAAUGUGAUUGGACACCUGUUGCAGAAAAUAUUCAAUGUAGUACGAGAAUUCCAUGUACGGGUAAUCGUGUAUGUAAUUUAAAUUUGAAAUUAUGUGAAUUAGUAAACCCGGAUAAAGUGAAUUGGUUUGUUUAUGAUUUUGCUAUUGAAACUGAAUUUUUUCAUGAUCCUAAAUUUGUUAAUGCAUUUAAAAAUGGCUUAAUUAAUAAUAUUGCAACGAAAUAUAAUUUGGAACCAACACAAAUAACUGUAUCAUCAAUUGAACAUCAUGGUAUGGCAUCAUUUCAAAUAAUGCCAUUUUAUACUGAAGAUACGGAUGAUUUUCAAAAGAAAAUGGAUCAAAUCGAUGUUGAUUUAAAUUCACAUGAAUUUCGUAAAGUUUUACCAGCUGUUGCACGUGUAAUAGAAAACGAUACACACAAUCCAAAUGAUUCAAAAUGGAAUCGUUACGUAAAAAACAAUCCAUUUUUUACACUUUAUGUAGUUGCUGUUUUACUUGGACUUGCUGCAGUUAUUUUGGGUGGAGUAUUUAUUCGCAUGUGUCGUCGACAAAUCAAACAUCCAGGUCGUUCAGAAUCUAAAACACCUAUAUAUGAUACAUCAUAUCAUCCAGCACCAACAGAAGAUGAUCUUUAUCAUGCUGUGCAUGCACCUGAUGGUACAGCAUAUGUUGUCGUUGAAAGUGACGAUAUUCAAACAACUAACGAUAAACGAGCACUUGUUUAA